AUGAUUGUGAUGGAAAUACUAUUAGAUGAAGUUAUGAAAAUAGAUGCAAUGAUAAGGAGUUUAUUAGAAACAUUGAAAAAGACUAAAUAUAGUAUUAAUAAUACGAAUAAUAAAAAUGAUUUGAUCAAG